AGCGGGGAGUGUGCGGCUGCGAAGGAGCCGUGCGAGGGGAGGAUGGAGGGCUCUCACCGCCGCCUCCAGCCCGGGCGCUGAGGGCCAGCGUGGCAGGGGGGGGUCCUGCUGCCCCUGUCCCCACACCCCCAGAGGGACGAGGAAGGACCCCCCAGCGCUGACAGGUCCAAAGCGAGCCGGCCCUUUGUCUGCCGGCGGGGCUCUGCCCGAGCCAGAUGUGCGGGCAGCUGUGCAGAGGAGCGGCAGGCGAUGCCAGCGGCGCCGGGGGACGGGGACAGACUCCAAGGGAACGACCUUGAGGAGGAGCCGGGAAGAUGCAGAGAUGAAUCCCUUGGGGAGGAGGAAGAGCUGAAGCUCUGACCGAGGAGGUGCCAGCCCUGGUGUUCCCUGCUCUGGGUUUGGAGGGGAGGGGGCACAGCCGGCAGCAGGAGCUGACGGUUCCGGGGGCUCCCAUGGAGCAUCUCCUCCCUCGGGGGCUGUUCCCACCCGGCUGCGCCCUCUGAGCCUUUCCCGCCCGGCAGGAGCUGCUCCCAGGGCCCAAGAUGAGCUGCCUGCAGACCAGCUCCCUGCUGCUGUGCGUGGUGGCCGCCGCCGCCAUGCCCACGGUGCCCUGGAGGGUGAGGUGCCCCCCUCAGUGCGUGUGCCAGAUCCGGCCCUGGUACACGCCCCGCUCCGUGUACCGGGAGGCGGCCACGGUGGACUGCAACGACCUGUUCAUCUCCUCCGUGCCCCGGGACCUGCCCGAGGGCACCCAGACCCUGCUCCUGCAGAGCAACAACAUCGCCAGGCUGGAGCAGAGCGAGCUGGACUACCUGAGGAACCUCUCGGAGCUGGACCUGUCGCAGAACAGCUUCUCCCACGUCCGGGACUUGGGGCUCAAGGACAUGCCCCAGCUGCUCAGCCUGCACCUGGAGGAGAACCAGCUGUCCGAGCUGCCCGACGGCAGCUUCCCCGGGCUGGGCAACCUGCAGGAGCUGUACCUGAACCACAACCAGCUCCGCAGCAUCGCCCCCCGCGCCUUCGCCGGCCUGGGCGGGCUCCUGCGCCUGCACCUCAACUCCAACCUGCUGAGGACGCUCGACAGCCGCUGGUUCCAGAUGCUGCCCAGCCUGGAGAUCCUCAUGAUCGGGGGCAACAGGGUGGACGCCAUCCUGGACAUGAACUUCAGGCCCCUGUCGAACCUGCGGAGUUUGGUCCUGGCCGGGAUGAACCUGCGGGAGAUCUCGGACUACGCCCUGGAGGGCCUGCGGAGCCUGGAGAGCCUCUCCUUCUACGACAACAAGCUGGCGGACGUGCCCAAGCGGGCCCUGCAGCAGGUGCCCGGCCUCAAAUUCCUGGAUCUGAACAAAAACCCGCUGCAGAGGGUCAAGCAGAGCGACUUCACCAACAUGCUGCACCUCAAGGAGCUGGGGCUCAACAACAUGGAGGAGCUGGUGUCCAUUGACCAGUUCGCCCUGAUCAACCUGCCCGAGCUGACCAAGCUGGACGUGACCAACAACCCCAAGCUGUCCUUCAUCCACCCCAACGCCUUCCACCACCUGCCCCAGCUGGAGACCCUCAUGCUCAACAACAACGCCCUAAGUGCCUUGCAUAAGCAGACGGUGGAGUCGCUGCCCAACCUGCAGGAGAUCAGCAUCCACAGCAACCCCAUCCGCUGCGACUGCGUCAUCCGCUGGGUCAACAGCACCGACACCCACAUCCGCCUCAUCGAGCCGCAGUCCACGCUCUGCGCCGAGCCCCCCGACCUGCGCCGGCGCCACAUCCGGGACGUGCCCUUCCGCGAGAUGACGGACCAGUGCCUGCCCCUCAUCUCCGCCCAGAGCCUCCCGUCCCGCCUGGAGGUGGCCCACGGGGACAACGUGUCCCUGCACUGCCGGGCGCUGGCGGAGCCGGACCCGGAGAUCUACUGGGUGACGCCGUCGGGGGCGAAGCUGGUGCCGUUCGGGGCGGGCGGGCGCUACCGGGUGCACUCGGAGGGCACGCUGGAGAUCCGGGGGGUGGCCCCGGCCCAGGCCGGGCUCUACACCUGCGUGGCCCACAACCUGCUGGGGGCCGACACCCGCAGCGUGCGCCUGCUGGUCAACCACUCCUUCCCGCUGGGCCGGGCCGGCCUGGAGCUGGCGGUGGCGGACGCGCAGCCCUUCCACGUCCUGCUGGCCUGGAAGCCGCCCCUCAACGCCGUCUCCUCCAACCUCACCUGGUCCAGCUCCCCGCCCGGCGCCCGCGCGGGCUCGGCCCGGCUGCCCACGGGCACCCGCAGCUACAACGUCACGCGGCUGCGCCCGGGCACCGCGUACCGGGCGUGCCUGCGCGUGGCCUUGGCGGACUCGCGGGCCGAGGUGUCCUGCGUGAGCGCCAGGACUAGGGAGGCCUCCCCCGGCCGCGGGCUCCCGGGGGGCCGGCGGGGCCUGCUGACGGCGCUGGCGCUGUGCCUGCUGCUGCUGCUGCUCGGUGCCGCGCUCGGGACCCGCCGCGGGGCCGGGGAGCCGCCCCGGGGGGCUCCUCGGGCCGUCAGGGUGCUGUACCCCCUGCACCCCGCCCUGGGCGGGCAGCCCUGGGCUCGGGGGCAGCGCGGGGGGCACCUCCUGGCCGUGGAGGUCCAAGAGGCCCCCCCGGACUGCUGAAGGCUGGGCGGGGGGCUGGGUGGGGCGGGAAGGGAGGGAGAAAGUAUUUUUUACCAAAAAAAAAUACCCACGGAAGAACUGAACUGCGAAACUGAACGACGGUGAGGAAAACAAACAAACAAACAAAAAACGAAAAAAAAAGGGGGUUCGUGGACUUGACCAAGAGUCGGGGUGGGGUGGGAGGAGAGAGGCAGAGCUGCCCAGGGGGGGCUGCAGGGGCCUCCCCGGGGUCCUGGUGGGGUCUGGAUCCGUGUGCAGGCUCGGGAUGUGUCCGUGGCUCCCAAAAGCACCUGCUGGGAGGGCUCAGAGGGGCCCAAGCCCCAGUGGGAUGAUGCCCCGAGUGGUUGAAGAGCCAUAAUCAGCUGAUCACCCCUCCCUGUGUCCCCCUGGCACCAGAGGCACCCCAGAGGUGUCACCUCCCUCGCUGGACUGUGCCUGGUUCGGAGAGACGAGGAAAAAAAGCCUUUUCCUUUGGGAUCCAUGGUGGGGUUUGGUUUCUUUUUUGGGUUUUUUUUUUUGAGCAUUCGGAUAAUCAGCCCCAAACCACCCCCAGUGCCACCUCCUGCCCUGUCAUUGCUGUCAGCUGGGGGGGGAGCAGGGAACACAGGAGGGGAUUUUGAGGGCAAAAAAACCAGAAAUGAUGGUGGUGACACGUCUCAGUUGGCAACUCUGCAGGGCUGGGCACCUCCUGCCAGAGCUGGGCAGAUCCUGUGUCCUGCAAGUGCAAUCUCGAGGCUGUUCUGUAAACUUUUGCAGAUAAUGUUAAAAAAGGGGGGAAAAAAGGCGGGGGGGAAUAGGAAGAAAAGGAGGGAGGAAGUUCUUGGUUCUCUGGUUUUGUAUAUAAAAAAGAAAAGGGGGAAAAAUGAAAUGCUGAUGUGCAGCUGGAGGGCUCUGUGGCAGGGACCCCUAAUUCAGAGCUCCAGGAGUGUUUGGACAAUGCUCUCAGGGAUGGGGGGGGAUCAUUGGGGUGUCUGUGCAGGGCCAGGACUGGAUGAUCCCUGUGGGUCCCUUCCAGCCCAGGACUGGAAUUCCAUGAUUCUAACACACAUGUGGCCCCCCAAAAAACCCCCAGUGUGGGCACAGGGGCAUCCAGAGCCACGGGAAAGAGCCAGGGAAAGGCAUCCCAGCCACGCUGGGGGGUGAGGGGGUGCAGGUCCCCCCGGAGCUCCCCCUCCCUGCAGCCCCCUCAGGGUGAUGCCAGGUCAUCCCCCCACACAACCCCUGCGUGCAAAGGGCUUGGAAAGGACCAGAAAACCUCGGCACAGUUAAAAAACUGCCUGAACCUGCCAUCCAUCUCCCAGCCCAGGCGAGAUGGGUCCCUGCUGGACGCGCUCGGGCUCAGCCAGGCACGAGAAACGACUCCUGUGCCUUGGCUGGCUGAUUAUUUCGGAGGGAAAUGGCUCUCCCUGGCCCCCCUUCAGCCUCCCCAGCACGUGUUUGGGACCCAGGGAGAUCUCCAGGGCCCCGAGCACGAGCUGGAAGUUAAAUGCAGGUUUAAACACUCGGCUGAGUCGGGGCCGUGAUCCGCUGGGGGGGUUGGAUCCGAGCCCCCGCUCAGGUGAGCAGCUCCCUGUGCCUGCAGAUUCCAGGCCUGGAACAAGCCUUUUUUCCCCCCUCUGCCUCUUGGAAACGUGGAUGCAAAGUGUUGUUAUUGCCCGUGAUUGAGCUGAGCUGGUGCUGGGAGGGGUGGGAAUGGCCGUGGGUGGGUUCCCGGGGUGUGAACACGGCCCUGGUUGGAUCCUGCCAAGGGCUGAGCCCUGGGAGCAUCUCCCACACCUUCCACCAUCCCAUUCCUGGCAAAACCCAUCAGCAUUCCCCCAAAAAAAACCCCAGGGACCGAGCCCCUGAAAGGCUGUGAUUUUGUGGGUGGAGAGAAACAACCUCUUUGAUCCCUGGGAGGGGAGGGGGAGGCUCAGCCCGAGCUGCUGCUCUGCCCCUGCACAGCCCAGAUUGAGAUUCCAGAGAUGGGCAAUUAAUUUGAUUUCCUUUGAAACUGCAGCAACCUGAGGAGCUCUGGGCAGGGGGAGGCACCACCAUUCACUGCAGGACUGCUCUCCCAGGGGGUCACCCCACUGUGUCCCCCCAGCCCAGGCUCCCCGUGGGACAGGAAGGGUCAAAUCGCCCCCAAAUCACCCCCAAAACACCCCAAAAAUGCUGUGAGUCCCCCCCAUUCCCUCCCUCCCUCCCAGGGCAGCAGCUGAGAGCACCGUAGGUGCCUCAUCCACUAUUUAUUGUUGUUGUUAUUUAUUAUUAAAGCACCAACCAGCCUUUCCCAGGCCCCCUGCUGAGGGAAACGCUCCAUAAACCAUUCCCUGCUCCCAGGCCGGGAUGGGGAACAUGGAGCUGGAGCAGCUGCAGGCAGAGCAUCACCAGCACCAUCCCUGUUAUCCAGGGGGAUGGGAUGGAGACCCUUCCUCCUGCAGAACCCACAGCCAAGGGGUUGGAGCCUGGGUUCUCCACCCAGGAGGCUUUGCUGGAGCACACGAGGGGAUAUUUUGGGGUGCAAAGCCCCAAAUUUCGGAGUGAAAAGCGGGGAGAACAGGGAGUUUUAGGCAUUUUAUAUUCCCUUCCAGGGGGAGCAGCCCCCUGGGUGCUGAGGAGGGGUCAGUGCAGGGGCUCAGCUCCCAGCCCAGAGCACAAGGAUGCAGCAGAAAGCCGGGAUACUCUGGAAAAAGGGAAGCAGAGUCUGACCUGGGAUGCUCCCGACUCCAGGGCUCUUUUCCCGGCCCCCCAAGGGCAGGGCAAGCACAGGGCAGCCCAAAAUAGAAACAACAUGUUGUGCUUUUUCUCUUGAAGCAGAAGCAGUAAUUAACCAGGCAGCAGCUUUACGGGUACCAGGGGAUGGCACUUCCCAUUCCCGAGCUCUCAGAGCCGCUCUGGAGAAGAGGAUCCCGAAUUUCUCAAGGGCCAAGAGACUGUCACCGACCCCGGACACCCCUCCUGGCUGUGCCUGGGGGGCUCAGUGGGGCUGGGGGGGUGAGCAGGGGUGGCCUCAGCUCCUCCUGGUCGUCUCCAUCCAUCUGGGAUGCCGAAGAUUUGUGUGGGAAUGGUUUUCCUCCCCUCCAGGCACUGGUUUCUCCCCCAUAACCCACUGUUCCUUGGCUGUUCUUCACGUUUGAUUUCUCCUUUUUUCUAUUUUUUUUAUUUGAUUUUUUGAUUUUUUUUAUUUUAUUUAUUACCUUGACUUUGAGAACAGGAGUAAAAAUCCUCCUUUCUGCUCCUCCUCCUCCUCUUCCUCCUCGUUCUCUCCUCACAAACAGCAUCGUGGAUCUCACGCAGCAGAGCUUCUCCCAGCAAAGCCAGCGAGGACAUUGUGUGCCAGGCUCUAUUUUAAGCACCCAAUAAAACUGAUUUUUGGAGUGGCUCCA